AUGGCACCAUUGACAUUAACCGAAAAGUACGAUGAUUUAGUUCGAUGUGCUGACCAACCUUUGUCAUCUUAUGAUAAAUUGAAUAAAAAAAAUGAAUCAGUAUCAGCAUCAACUCUAUUCAAUGGUGAUAUUCGUACGAAAUUAGCACGACGUCUAAAAAUACAAUUUCAUUCAUAUUCUGAAGCAGCGAAUAGAUGUCAACAAAAAUUUCCUAAUCGAAAACCAAGCAAUCGAAAUAAAACUCAUACAAAUGCUUAUUUGAGAGAUAGUGGAUUAUUAUCUUUUGAGACAAGUUCAACAUUUUCUCUUAAUAACAUAUCGAAAAUAAAUAUACCUGACUUUUAUGUGUUUUGUACAUCUAAAUAUACAAAUCGUAAACAACAACAAAUAGAUUAUGAUCGUGUAAGAAAAUAUAUAAGAGCAACAAUACAAACAUCACCAUAUAGAAUGUUAAUAUUUAAACAAGCUUUGAAAGAAUGUUGUCGAUGUGGGAAUUAUUAUCAACUAGAGAGUCUAUGUUUAGCAGCUGAUACAACUAUUGAGAAGAUUCAUUUUGAUAAUAAUGAUACUAUACUUCAUGAAUGUAUCAAAUUAAAUAAUAAACAACUGACAAGAGAACUUAUUAAAUUUAAAUUUAAUAUAGAUGUUGAUGGAGAACUGGGUACACCACUAGUCACAGCAAUUCAUUAUAAUAUAUUUUGGGCGGUGGAGAUAUUGCUGAAAAAUGGAGCCAAUUUAACUAAACGUCAUAUUGAUUGGCCAUACUUGACACUCUAUGAAUAUUGUAUACAAUUUGCAAAAAUUGAUAUAAAAAUUAUGAUCAAUAAUUAUAUUACAUCGUUAAUUCAUAAACAUAAAUAUACAAUUAUUCAAAAAUUAAUAAAGGAUGGUUGGAAUAUUCAUUUGAAAAAAAGAUGA